AUGUCGUCUUUGUACCCUCCCCUAGUCGUUGAGCAGGACACCGGAAGAGCUCCAAUCCUGUUGGCAGAGUACUACAAUAACGGUCGCUUCCCAGGCGACAGGUUGUAUGGAGCUUAUACACCUUCGAAAUCCUGGGCCACCGGCUGGCAGGGGUAUGAAGGAAUCCCGGUGAACUUCGUUCCGAAGAGACCUCCCCAAGUUCAGAUUUAUCUGGACGUUCUCAAGCAACUCGGAUUAAAUCUCAUCGAGGCCGGAGUCCGUCAAACCCUGGAAGGAAUGGGUAAGGGCGAACUCAAACAAAUUUACCAGAAUUUGUUUGAGAGGCACCCACACGCGGGUGCCUACGGGGAUUUUCAGGUCUCAAAGCUCAUCGGCGACCACCUAGAUACCGUCUCAUAUCGCGGCUUUGAGGAACUCGACCAUUCGAAUGGCGUUCCAGCUGGGGAUGCCAUUAUGAAUUUUGAUGCUGAAACACAGCUGUCUGAGAUGUUGGAAAGGGCUCAGGAGGAGCAUUACCAAGCAAUGGGUAACGCGAGCCUGCAACAACACAACCACCACGCGGCCCCUGGGAAUGACCGCCAUAUCGCCCAAAAGAAGAUCAUCCAGGACAACGUCGCCCAGAAUGACGUCACACCAAAAUACACAAUGGAAGUCGGAUAUAGAGAAACACAUGGAAGCUGCGUUUUCGGGCACGCGUCGAUGAUGAAGGUGGUUGGGACCAAGUAUAUCUUUGAAGCUCCCUUCGGCGACUUCUUCCAGCAGCCCCCGCACGAGGAGCACUACGUGUGCGCUCCUAGCUGCAGCUUUGAGCCCAGUAUAGAACGUGACACGCCCAACUACGUAUCAUGCCAGUCUGAAGCUACCAUCAGUCACCAGGAGAUAGUGUCAGCGGAGGCGGACCUCACGAAGGAGCAGAGAUACCUAUUCAAGCACUGGAUGCAUCUGGAUUAUAUCGACCGGCAACCUCGUGAUUACGCCACACAGUACACGGCCCCGUGGGAACUUGACGUCCCCCCCGUUACCGUCACGGAGGAGGGCACUCCCUACAGGAUGAACUUUGUGUCCGGGAUUCCGCUCUCGAUCCGCCAGGAAUUCUCGGACCACUCCGACAGUGAUGAUACCGAGACAAAUGAGAUGAAACCACCUCCCAAGCGGCGCCGACGUGCAGGUCUCGCUAAACCUCGGGUUCUAGGACGCCACAAGACAACCAACAAAGGCCAAGUCUUAGACGAGUACGAUAAUAACGUUGCCGAGACGAAUGAUUUCAAGCAAACCCGCAAGCCGUACCGCCGUGCAGGUCCCGCUAAAUCACGGCUUUCAGGACGCCGCAAGAUGACCGACAGAGGCCAAGUCUCGGACGAGUCUGACGAUGACGUUACCAAGGCCGAUGACAUGAAGCCGCCCCCCAAGCCGUACCGCUGUGGAGGUCCCGCUAAACCUCGAGUGUCAAAGCGCCCCAAGAAGACCUACUGGAUCUACCAGGAAGUCUCGAAUGAGUCUGAUGGUGACGUUACCGAGACCAAUGAUAUGAAGCCGCCCCCAAAGCCGUACCGCCGUGCAUGUCACGCUAAACCUCGGGUUUCAGGACGCCGCAAUGUGACUGACGAAGGCCAAGUCACGGACGAGUCUGAUGGUGAUGCUACCGAGACGAAUGACACCAAGCCGACUCCCAAACCGCGCCGCCGUGCAGGUCCCGCUAAACCUCGGGUUUCGAAGCCCCUAAAGAAGUCCGAUAAAGGCCCAACCGAUACUAAUGGAGACCCCGUCGAGUUAAAUGAUGGAGGCCUUCCUGAGGAACAGGGAGGAGUUGCAAUGAAAACGAAACGCGCCACAAGGAAGAGGAAGGCUGCAGGCAGUGACACGAACACUACAGGUCUCGACGAGUUGAACAACGGAGGCCCCACCGAUACAGGUGAAGAACCCAAGGAGAAAAAGCCACGGGUCACAAGGAAAAAGAACGAAGGCCCCACUCUCGCCAAUAACGACGGAGGCCUUCAGGAGAUAGUGGGAGUCCCGACUAACACAAUGAAACCCUCAUCCGAAAAGAAGACCCCAGGCUCCUCCGGGGAACCAUCGGAUGGAAGUGAUCGUGAUUACUGA